AUGUACAAAAGAGCGCUAAAAGUUCCAGUAGCCCUUGUGGGAAAGAUACUACGAUUCUACUGGGAUUUACCUUUUGGUAGAAAAUUGGCUACAUCUGUACUAUUUGCCACUGGAUUCUGUUGGCCAGCCUACCGACGUUAUGAAGCGGAGAAGAUCGAGCAAAAGCAUCAGGAGGCAAUUACAGACUAUGUAUUUAUGGACUUUUCUGCCAAUAAUAAGUACAUUGGUAGGGUGCUCAUAGGGCUGUAUGGGCGUAAAGCACCUCUUUCAGUUGAAAAUUUCAUUCAACUUUGUAAGGGAUAUACUGUAAAGGACAAGACUAUUGGUUAUCGCAACACAAAAAUUGAACGCAUAAUUAACGGAUUGAGUAUCCACGGAGGGGCACUUCUUCAUGAUACAUAUGGCAGGGAUCAACUAUCUAUCUAUGGAAAAAGUUUUCCUGACGAAACAUAUUCCAUUGGAUUUGUUCAAGAUGGAGACGUUGCAAUGCUGAAUAGUGGCGCUGUUGGGAAUGCUUCUAGAUAUUUCAUAACCCUUACAAAGCAAAAAGCUCUAAAUAGGAGGGCUGUAGUAAUUGGCACAAUUGUCAAGGGGAUGAAAGUGGUUAGGGAGAUUGGGAAACAGGGUGCUCAGGAUGGAUUGCCACUACAAGACAUAAGAAUUAUCCACUGCGGUUUAUACCGCGGGGAAAUCGAUGGGCCUGCUUCAUACACUUUCACAGACGCUGCGGAAGCAUAUCAACAGGGCGCCAAUUCAUAA